CCUACCAAAUCUACGGUGCCUUGAGCGUGCAUCUGUGUAGUGUACAAUUAAUCUCAAGUUGUAGACAACCAAUGCGACACACCACGACGGGCACUUAGGACAUCUGUUGAACCUUUAAAGAGCCCAGAUUAUCAAAAAUUCCUAUAUUUACCGUUCAAGUCGCUGCAUCCAUCGUACCUGCCGAACCUGACGCCAAUUCUAUCGAGACGCCUGACUACCAAGUCUCGACCAGCGAAUCUAGUCUCGCCUAAUAAAGCUGCCGCCGCGUGGGCGAGAAUGAGUCAAGAUGCGCAAAGCGAUGCCAGAAUGGACACAGCGCUCACGGCAGCUCGAGAAAGCUCUGAGCUUCCGCGUCCAAGCACGUCUACCCGUCCCGUAUUGAGCGCCGAUCUCCGCUCUUCCGACACGCAGUACAGAAGUCGACCGGUAUCCGUGGCUGUCGAUCCGGUUUCGUUGGUUAUAUCUGAAUGUAUAUCAGUCACGUCGGUUAUGCGUAAACAUGCUCGGUGGGCAGGCUCCUCCGUGUCCUCCAUCCUUGGCGGGAACCCGAAUCCCGUACAGCUCGGUCCCCCCAGUCCAUUGCUGCGCCCAGGGAGCAGAGGCUCUGCUGCAGGCUUGGGUGCAGAUGGGACGCAGGACUUUGGUGUCGCAAAUAGGUGGGGAUUGCGAGGCAAGAAGGGAAAGAGCAUGCAAGACAACCCACUCAUGGCAGGCUUUGGACGACUGCGUCACGAGCUGUCAAGCUGCAAAGAUAUACAUGAAUUCGAUGCCCCAGCCCUGCUCAGCCCGUUUCUUCAGGUCAUACAAGCCUCCUCGACAUCCGCUCCUAUCACAAUUCUCGCUCUGAAGGCCAUACGGAAGUUCCUCUCAUAUGGCUUUAUCAGCCCGGAUUCACCGCGUUUCCCACUCGCCAUGCAGUCGCUGUCAACUGCCAUCACCCAUUGCCGAUUCGAAGCUAGUGACUCGGCGCAGGACGAGGUUGUCUUAUUGAUGAUAUUACACCUAAUGGAGGAUAUGCUUUCCGGCCCAGGGGGUGCAUUGCUCAGCGAUGAGAGCGUCUGUGAAAUGAUGGAAACUGGGUUGACUAUGUGUUGCCAGUCAAGGCUGUCAGAGCUUCUCAGGAGGACGGCUGAGGCUGCUAUGGUUCGAAUGUGUCAAAUUAUCUUCGAACACCUUAAACAUCUCGAAGUCCAAGCUGGCGAUGAUUUGGGGGUACUCGACAACCAGGCCAAUGGCGAUACAGAAGCCCUUAGGAUGGUGCCGUCUACUAAUGGUAACGAUGUAAUUGCCUCCUCCGAUGCACCCCAGAGUGAAGAACGGACAUCCUCGAGCACCGAGAUCUCAAACAAUGAUGCAGAGACUGGCUCCGCCUCUGCGUCCUCGGAUGCGCCAGAUUCGCUCGAAAUUAAACCGUAUUCUCUGCCAUCAAUGAAAGAAUUAUUCAGGGUCCUGGUAGAUCUCCUCGACCCUCAUGACAAACAACAAGGAGAUACCAUGAGAGUAAUGGCAUUGCGCAUUAUACAUGUUGCGCUCGAAGUCGCAGGACCAUCCAUUGCACGUCACCCGGCGUUAGCCGUAGUAGCAGAAGACCGCCUAUGCCAACAUCUAUUCCAGCUCGUCCGGUCAGAUAACAUGGCAAUCUUGCAAGAGUCGCUCAUUGUCGCAGGCACCUUGUUGGAAACAUGUCGAGGUGUCUUGAAACUGCAGCAGGAGCUUUUUCUCUCCUAUCUAGUUGCCUGCUUGCACCCACCGGUCGAGAUUCCAUGGGAACCAAACAUUGACCCCUCGCUAUAUGAUGGCAUACCACAACGUCCAAGCGGCGCUAAGCCUCCAGCCUCACCUGCAGGCGGUAGCUCGAGGGCAGCGACACCUGUGCCGGUUAGGGAUCGGCAGAAACUUGGUAUGGAGGGUGGAACGCGCAAACCUGAUGCUCGCCAAGCUAUGGUUGAAAGCGUAAGUGCUCUGGCUCGCAUGCCUUCUUUUCUUGUUGAGCUUUUUGUCAAUUACGAUUGUGACGCCAAUCGGGUAAAUCUCUGCGAAGACAUGAUUGGCUUGUUAUCAAGGAGUGCCCUACCAGACUCGGCGACAUGGAGCACAACAAGUGUUCCUCCACUGUGCCUAGAUGCGCUUUUGGGUCAUGUACAAUGCAUAGCAGAUCGCCUCGAGGACCAGCCAAUUGUAGAAGGGCUUCCAGACCGAGCAGAGCUAAGAGAGCAACGACGCCGCAAGAAGAUUAUUGUCAAAGGCGCAACGAAGUUCAACGAGAAACCGAAGGAGGGCCUUGGGUACCUUAAGGAGUCAGGCAUUAUUGAUGAUAAUCCUGCGUCUGUCGCCAAGUUUUUACGGCAAACUUCGCGAGUUUCCAAAGCAGUAGUAGGCGAUUUUCUGUCCAAGAAAGGCAACGAUGAAUAUCUUGAGGCUUUCCUGGAUCUCUUUGAUUUCUCUGGGAAGCGGAUUGAUGAGGCGCUACGUCAGUUGUUGGAGAGUUUCCGUCUUCCUGGUGAGUCACCGCUUAUCGAGCGAAUUGUGACCGCCUUCGCGACGAAGUAUCAUACCCUCUCCGACGAUGUAGCCAAUCAAGAUGCCGUAUUUGUUCUCACAUACGCGAUCAUCAUAUUGAAUGUCGAUCAACAUAGCCCAAAGAUCAAGAAGCGCAUGGAACUAGCUGAUUUCGCGCGUCAAGUUAGGGGUGUUAAUGAUGGAAAAGACUUUGCCCCUGAAUUCCUUGAGGCUACCUUUGAAGCGAUUAGGACUAACGAGAUUAUCCUUCCGGAUGAACAUGAUAAUCAGCAUGCAUUCGACUAUGCCUGGCGGGAACUGCUGCUUAAAACCGAGUCUGCUGGGCCGUUGAUACAUUGUAACACGAACAACUAUGAUGCGGAUAUGUUUGCAGCAACCUGGAAACCCAUUGUGUCAACCCUUUCGUACGUGUUCAUGUCGGCUACCGAUGAUGCAGUAUUUUCUCGAGUAGUCACGGGUUUCGACCAGUGUGCUCAGAUUGCAGCGAAGUAUGGGAUCACCGAAGCGCUAGACCACAUUAUUCAAAACCUCAGUUACAUGACGACUCUCGAUAAUGAAGAUCUCUCAAACACUCUACUCAACACAGAGGUCAAGGUCUCAGACGACAGUGACAGUAUUAUGGUCAGCGAACUAGCCGUUAAGCUCGGCAGAGACUUCAAGGCCCAGCUCGCCACUCUUGUCUUAUUUCGUGUAGUAAAAGGAAGCGAGUCAAUUAUUAAAGCUGGCUGGGAACAUAUCGUGAGGAUAUGGCUUAAGCUAUUUGUGAAUUCACUAAUCCCAUCCUUCUACAACAGAAGUUAUACAAAUCUAAAACUACCCAAAAUCCCAGUCCACACACCUUCGCAAGUCAUCGAUCGUGCGGCAAAAGCUGCCGACACUGGCCUAUUUUCCGCUUUGUCAUCCUACAUCUCGAGCUAUGCGGCUGAUGACCCGCCAGAGCCUUCAGCCGAGGAGGUGGAGAGUUCUUUGAGCACAGCUGACUGCAUCAAGGCUUGCCAUCUGGAGGAUAUUUUUGCUAAUAUCUCGAACCUUCCUAUUAGUGCGCUCGCACGAUUGAUGGAAGCACUGUUGGCACAAGUUCCAGAUGAUGAAAAUUCAACUGUACCGGCCAUAAUUGUCAAAGCUGAAAGCGUACCUUCCUCCCCAGCAAGUGCAGGAAAUAAGAGCGCCCAUAGGAAGCCAAACUACGACCCAGCCGUUGUGUACAUCUUGGAAUUCUGUACAGUCCUAGCUCUCAGGACCCCCGAGACGAUAGAGUCUCUCGGUAAACACGUUGCGGAUGUUUUGCAGACACUCCUCCGUAAUUCUAGUCGAUACCACUCUGCGCUCGUUUCUCGAGCCGCCUACUAUCAAUUCAACAUACUAAAAGCUAGUUAUGAACACGACUUCGUCCGCGCCCCUGUAUUGCUGCAUACGAUAUCCAGCUUUCCCAGGGAGAUGCUGACGAAAACAUCUCAACUUGUCUUGCAAGGUCUUAAAGUUUGUAUUGACCAGCCUGGGCCGCUUCGUAGCGAAAUCAUGACGUCUCCCGAUUUCUGGCUGAUAUUGCGCACACUGGCUGGAAACCCCAAUUCAUCGCCGACGGUCUUCGAUAUUUUAGAAGGGGGGGUUUCGGGUUCGCCGUCAGCGAUCAUCGCAGACAACUAUGAAGCUGCGAUUGCACUUCUUAAUGAGUAUGCGACUGCAGCUCAGAUUGGGGCAGCCGAAGAACAAAAGGGAGAAAGACGCCAAAGAAAUGCACGACCAGCCAAGAAAGAAGUGGCGAGCGAGAACGCGGUUGUCUUACGUGGUGUGAAAUCUGUCAAUCUCAUAUCAAGCAUGACAGGACGAAUACCACAUUUGAUGAAGCAGUCGCAUCUCGAAAACAGUGAAGCCUGGUCCGCCUAUUGGCUUCCAAUCUUCCAGGCACUUACCACUCAAUGCACCAACCCUUGUAGAGAAGUGCGUCAACUAGCCUUCUCGUCAUUGCAGAGAUCGCUUCUAUCUCCAGAACUCACCUGCAGUGACCACAAGGAGUGGACAGCCAUUUUCGGGGAAGUCUUGUUUCCAUUAAUCCACAAACUGUUGAAGCCAGAGGUCUAUUCUUCAGACCGUGAUGGCAUGAGCGAGACAAGAGUGCAAGCCGCUUCUCUUCUUUGCAAAACCUUUUUGCAAUAUCUAGUGCUGCUAUCUAAAUGGGACGGAAUGUUGGAUCUUUGGCUACAAAUCAUCGACAUAAUGGAUAGACUUAUGAAUAGUGGACAAGGAGAUAGCCUAGAGGAAGCUGUGCCUGAAAACCUCAAGAAUGUGCUUCUGUUCAUGUCUAGCAGUGGGUAUCUUGUACCUCCAAGCAAAGACCCGUCGCAAGAGACUCUGUGGGUAGAGACAUGGAAACGUAUAGAUCGGUUUCUUCCCGAGCUGCGGAAAGAUUUAUCGUUAGAGUGUGAGGAAGAAACUGCAAUACCGGAACAAUCAACAGCAAAGCCUGACGAAGUAGGUGAAGAACAAGCUCCUGCGCCUGAGGUCGAGCCGAAAGAGAAAGCAGCAAAUGAAGAGGAGGAGCAGUGAUCGAAUGGUACGAAGAAAGGGAUACCAGAAGUUGAGUUGUGGUUUGGGAAUAUAACGGUCUUCGCCUUGAGCCAAGACCUGGUGAACAGACUAGGUACCGGUAUAAUAGACUGCAUCGAAGAGCAGCGUUAAUUAAACAGGGGCUCAAAAUACGAUUCCAAAGCAUACACAUAGGCGUAUCUAAUUAUAUAUAUCCAAAGAUGGAUAAAAGAUAGUUCCAGUAAACAAAGCUAGAUCUGAAUUGGGG